GGGUAGUUUUUUGGAGUGAGAGAAAGAGUAAAAAACGUGGCAACAAUGCGGCAGCCAGUAGAACUACCGGGGAAUGCCAUAUAUAUUUUCGAUAGCGCGCUAGAGGACAUAGCAUUUCAAAAGUUUUGGCGCCACUGAAAAUCGCCUGUCGAUUGGCCAGGGCCAAAAUGUCGGAAGUUCAUUUCCAAUCUACGUGGCGAUUAGCGAGAGCGGAGUUAGUGAAGGGUAUCUAGUGCGCAGAGUGAGAGAGUGAGAGAGAGAGAGAAAGAGAGAGAGAGAGAGAGAGAGAGAGAGAGAGAGAGAGAGAGAGAGAGAGAGAGAGAGAGAGAGAGAGAGAAAGAAAGAGAAAAUGAGAGAGAGCGUGGCCGCUACUAUACACGGGCAGAAGUGAACAACGUGCAGCUGCAGCGUGAGUGCGUGCUCUGACCAACGCAGUUUCCGGCGGACUUUUCUAUACGCAGCCAGUUACACGAGAGCCAAGUUGUGUGCACGCUUGUAGAGCAGGCUCAGGCACGCAGCGAAAACGGGUUAACGGUAUAACACGCACGGUGAGAGCGCUGCUCCCGCAGAGAGAGAGAGAGGAGUAGAGUACGAGUGUGAGGGACAGGGGCAAAGGAGAUAAAGAGAGAGAGAGAGAGAGAGAGAGAGACAGCGCGAACGUGACGAACGCGAACGAGCGAGAGGAGUGAGUGAGUGGUGAGAAAGAGAAGGUAGGAAGGAAGGUCUUCCCCGCGAUGGCGAACAGCGUAGCGCCGGACUCGUGGGAGCAGCAGGCUGACUGCGACGAAGCGGCAGCGACUAAAUCCGUCGAGAGCAAGUUCUCCACGCUCAACGUCAACGCUGCCGAAUUCGUGCCUUCGUUUUGCAUGCCGGCGGCAGCUACAACUACUCCUGCAGCUGCCACUACACAGCAGUUCCAACCAUCGUCGGACGAGCAGCCACAACCAGUAGCAGCAGCAGCAGCAGCAGCACCAACGGUAACGACUCCACAGCAGGACCUUUCGCCAGCCGCGCCCGACAUGCCGCCCGAGACCCAUCACGACACAGACACACCAACAGUUCCACCUGACCCAGCUGCAACUCGAAAUGAAGAGCCACCUGCUGGAGGAGGAGCACCGCCUCCUGCCAACUCAAAUGCAGGAUCUACAAAUGCAAGUCCUGAACACCAACCAGCAGACUCAUGGGAAGAGGCCGCAGUGGAUGGAGAUCCCCUUCUGACUCCCGAAAAUGAAGAGGCUGAAGGUGAUAUUGAAGAAGAUGAGGAAGCGGUAGUGAGAGUGCCAAAGAAGAAAGUCGUUAAAGUUGCAGAAGACACAAAGAGUAAAAAAGAGCAUGUUAAUGUUGUUUUCAUUGGUCAUGUAGAUGCUGGAAAGUCUACGAUUGGUGGUCAAAUAAUGGCACUGACAGGAAUGGUGGACAAAAGAACACUGGAAAAGUACGAAAGGGAGGCAAAGGAACGAAGUCGAGAGACGUGGUACUUAAGUUGGGCAUUGGACACCAACCAAGAAGAGCGUGAAAAGGGAAAAACAGUGGAAGUUGGCCGGGCAUACUUUGAAACUGAACGCAAGCAUUUCACAAUACUUGAUGCUCCUGGUCACAAGAGUUUUGUGCCCAACAUGAUUGGUGGUGCUGCUCAAGCUGAUCUCGCCGUUCUUGUGAUUUCCGCAAGGAAAGGAGAAUUCGAGACUGGAUUUGACAGGGGCGGGCAGACUAGGGAACACGCUAUGCUUGCCAAAACCGCCGGUGUCAAGCAUCUCGUCGUUCUCGUCAAUAAGAUGGAUGAUCCUACCGUUGAAUGGGAUGAGACGAGAUAUAACGAAUGCAGAGACAAAAUUUUACCUUACCUCCGUAAAUUAGGAUUCAGUCCUUCAAAGGAUCUCACAUUUAUGCCUGUCUCAGGUCAACUUGGAUUGGGAUUAAAAGAUCCAGUUUCCGAAACAAUUUGUAACUGGUACAAGGGUCCAGCUUUCAUACCUUUCAUAGACUCUCUUCCUUCGCUUAAUCGUAAGAAUAAUGGACCAUUUAUCAUGCCUAUUGUUGAUAAAUAUAAGGAUAUGGGCACUGUUGUCAUGGGUAAAGUAGAAGCAGGUGAAGCCAAAAAAGGACAAUCGCUUCUCGUGAUGCCUAAUAGGACGGCAGUAGUGGUAGACCAGCUGUGGUCUGACGACGAGGAAGUGACGUCGGUAGGACCAGGUGAAAACGUGAAAGUCAAGUUGAAAGGUAUCGAAGAAGAAGACGUGAGCCCAGGAUUUGUUUUAUGCGAUAAUAACAAUCCGAUUAAAACGGGAAAAGUCUUUGACGCCCAAGUGGUCAUCCUAGAACAUAAGAGUAUCAUCUGUGCUGGUUACAGUGCCGUGAUGCACAUUCAUUGUGCGGCCGAGGAGGUCACGGUUAAAACUCUGCUUUGUUUAGUGGAUAAGAAGACGGGUGAAAAGAGCAAGACGCGGCCGAGGUUCGUCAAACAAGAUCAAGUCGCGAUUAUGCGAAUUGAGUGUGCUGGAGUUAUAUGCCUUGAAAUAUUUAAACUAUUUCCUCAGAUGGGAAGAUUUACCCUCAGGGAUGAAAAUAAAACAAUUGCCAUUGGCAAGGUGCUGAAGGUAUUCGAGUAAAUCAGCUCACUUUUUGCCAUGAAGAGGGGGAACACUUACAGUGUGACGAAAAUGUGAAAGCAACGAUAGGAAGCUGAACACUUGGUAUAAUAAUAAAAAAUAAAGAAAAAUACAGCGGUCACGUCGAUUACUCGUGGAACACUGACAUAUGUACACAUAUACUGUCGCGUACGCACUUACACUCGACACCAAUUUAUACCUUACUGAUGAGAUUUUUGGAUCGGAAUAAGUAAAGAGGUAAAUGCGAAUUAUAUAUAUUAUAUAUACGAAGAAAAUAUAUAAAAACCUGAAAUCCAGGCCACUUUUAAUCGCAUCAAAUAGGAAAAAAUGUCGAUUGAAGGCUGCAUGGUUUUCUUGAGAAACAACAUUUUGAGCGUUGAGUGAUAUUUCAUGUAAAGGGAUAUUAAUACAUAAUGAUAAAUUAGUAACAAAGUUUUUUCAAUAACGUGAAGACGAUAUUUUUGUUUUUCAGAGUUUCGCUAAUUAAACGUAAAAAAAAUAUUAUCGACGAAAAAAAAACAUUACUCUAAGGGUUUAUUAUUAUUAUUAAUAUUAUAUUGAUUAUGAUUAUCUUGAAUUUGAUGGGUAAGCGAGGCAUCUCGCUUCAAUUAGUUAAUACCUCACGCAAUGUAUGAUUUAUUUUUAUCAUAUUAUUAUCAUUAUUAAUAAUAAUUAUUAUUGUACUGUUUCUUAUUUUAUUGUCAUUAAAAAACGAAAAUGAGAAAAAGUCUAUUUUAUUUUGUUUUCAAUAUUUAUGGUUUUCAAUGUCUUGGCCUUUCAUUUUGUUAACAAAAAUAAAAUCAUAUUUACAAUCAACUGUAAAAAGACUUGAAUGCUCACUUGUUAUAAAAUUUCUGAUAUUUCUGGAAAAUGCAUAUAAAGCAGUGAAUGGGAUAAAAAACGGUACUAAGUUUCGAUUCACAUUGCAAAGUGAUAGACGAUAAAAUUUAGUCUCAGCAAGCUUUUGUUUAGGUGAUCGUCCCAACAGGCUUGUUAUAAAUCAUGCGUAAGUUGCCAGUGUAAAACUUUUUACUAUUGCCAUUUGUUAUUACGCGUGACUAGCGUUUAAAAGAAUUUUUUGUUCAUGAACAACAAAAGUGCGUUUUUAAUGAUUCAUUAAACAUUUCACGCAAAGGUUUUUAUCUUGACAUUGUAUAAGACUCGUAAUUUUCUGAUUUCGCCGUUGUUGGAUAAUAAUAAGUAACUAUAAUCGUGUUUUAACUAUAAUUUCUUUGUAUAACUGCAAAUACGUUCAUUUAUACUGUUUUUUGUAAAAUGACGAAUCGGAGUAUAUUUAAACAUCACUCUUUAAUGCUUCGUAUUGCUAAAGAGUGAAAGAAAAAUGGAUUAGUUUUAGAAAUUCAGAUUGAAACCUUUGCGUUUGUAAUUAUAAUAACAAUAGUGAUAAUUGAAGAAAAAAAUGAAAUUCUCCGCUCGUUCCAAAGUUUUAGAUUGUGAUGGCAGUAAAAGUAAAGGAAGAGAAAAUGAAAAUAUAAAUAGUGUAAUCUGGAAAUAUUUGUAAAGUAUGUGGAUCGGAUUACGGGCCCAUUGUUAUUAUUGAAUAUUAUUAAUUGAACUAAUAUUAGUUGAUACAAUUGUGAACUACCAAUAAUGCUAAAGUUUAAAAUACAGUAGGGUGCGAUGGUAAGAAAUUAAAAAUAAAAUAAAAAAAUUAAGAAAGAUCUAUAGAAAGGUUUUACAGUAAUGAAAACGGAAUAAGUAGAUUUCCGAGAGGCUUAGCACACACAACAAUCCGAGGUCACAUGUAUAUUUUUAUAUAUAUAAUUGCGCUAACAGUCAAGUCGGUCGAUUCAAUUUAUUUCAUUCUUUAAACACAUACACUUCACUUCGUCAAUCGUAAAGAUGUGCUGUCCUAACGUAUUCGCAUUGUCCCGAUACAUUCUUAUUGAAAUAGAUUUAUUUCAAACGAAUGUGACGAGGAUGAAGCAAUAUACUACGAAUUUUCGUAUAUUAUAUAAUUUUCUUCAUUUACAAAAAAAAGUGUAAAGCUAUUUUGAGUAAGUUUAAAAUCAUGUAAACUAAUGGUGUCCUUAUUAUUAAACAAAAAGAAAUACAUAAGCUUCCAAUGUAUCGGUGAACACUUCUUUCUACACAAAAGCAAAAUUAAACAUUUAAAUGACAAAUGAAAAAAAAACUAAGAAGACACACGUGUCUCUUGAAAAUAGAAUUAUAUUGUAAAAUGCAAUUUUUAUGAAAUAUAUAACAAGAACAAUACUAUAUGGUACGAAAAGGAUCCUGAACAUAAAUUUCAUCGCAUACAUCGUCGCAAGUCGUAGCUUUCAUGCUGCCUCGUCUAUAUCAUUGUUUCGUACGCAAAAAAUGAAAGCUUUUAAAAUGCAUUUUAAUGUUGUAAAUAAUAAAGAUAUUUUAUA